AUGACUGUCGCUUCGUCCUGUAUUCUUGGGCUCUCGACAAAAGUACAAAUGGAGCUUGUCGGUUUAGCUGAGGAAUAUUCUCCGAGCUAUCUCCAUAAGCAGAACAUGACAUCGAGCGUGACUCCAGUAGACACACAGUCGAUCGCUGGCAUACCCGUGGAGCUAGGGCAGCCUGUGCAUGUGAAUACCAAGAAACAGCUGCAACGUCAAAUAAAUGCUAUCGUAGCAUGGAGUGAAGUGGAUCGUGCACCCGUAAAUGUGGCACAAACGAUGGUACGCGGCAACGAGCACCAAAUUGGCGAGCAUCCUUAUUUUGUGUGUGAGAAAUCAGUAGGUGUACGCUACUUGGCACUACUAGUGCAAGGACGUUGCUACCUUAUUGCUCAAAACUAUGACAUUCGGGAGGUCGCGCUUUUUUGCCCUGUGCGGCCUGAUCGUUUACAGCCUGGAGCUGAUCGGAACACAGUCGUGCCGCACCAAUGGACCAUUCUGGACGGACUUAUGGUUUGCGACAAAGAUGGCACCAAGUCGGUUCUAACACUUCUACUAUACGACAUCUUAGCACUCAAUGGCAGUCCCGUAAUGACGUCAAAGUUACAAGAUCGACUCAAGUUGAUCCAGAACGACGUGGUCGGACCACGCAAGCAGCUGCUUCCGCCAAAAGGACAACCUCCUGACAUGUUUCAGCUUGUGCUACAAUCCAUGUAUCCUAUCAAUCGUGUGGGGCAUGUUAUUCACAACAUUAUACCUAGAGUCUCCCAGACAAGACAAAAUGCGGGGCUGCUCUUUACACCAGUGCUACUACCGUACACGCCUGGACACUCAAAGGGGCUUUUUCAAUGGACGCCAAUGUCAUUACUCUGUGCAGAUUUUCAAUUGGGUGUAGAGUGGAGAGGACGUCCACCAAAGCCAGGAUUUAAGCUCAUGAUCCAUGACAAGCGCACGCAGAUCUUUCACGACUGGAUCACGUUUACAGCAGAUGAUUUCGAGGCUUUUCGGCAGGACAAAAAGGCUUCUUCACGAAUUCUAGAGUGUGUUUAUGACCCCGAUUGGCUUACGUAUAUUCCUUCACACGACAAGAGCACAUGGGAAAUUGGAAACGCAGAGUUUAACGCUACCGAGCGCGGUCUUGGAUGGCGAAAAGGUGGCUGGAAGUAUGUUAGAAGCCGUCCAGAUCGCAGCAUGCCGUAUGAACGUAUCUUUCUUGCGAUUAUUGAAAAAGCAAUAAACGAGGACAUCAAGUUGGAUGAGAUCGAACGAUUCUUUCCUGAAGACACUAGCAAAAAAACAAUGUCGUUGCAACAAAAGAAUCGUCAUGAUGCUCCUUUGACAUCCGAAGAUAAUACUCCGCCAAACAAGAAGAAACGAGGCAACACUAAUACAGCAAGUGGUCAGAAUACUGGCACAGGCGUGUGCUACGAUUUCCAGAACAAAGGCGUCUGCCAACGCGGUCGCUUCUGUCACUUUUCGCAUUGUGCAUGCAAUUCGACAUGCUCGUGCACACCAACCAAGAAUACUUAUGGCCAACGACCAUCUUACAGAAGAAAUGAUUACGAUGCACCACCAUCACCUGAACUUGUGCCUUCGAUCGGUGAUGCAUCCGGAGUGCCAGACAAGACUUCUGUGAUGCGUCAUACUAACUCAUUGGACCGUAAUUUUAGCAUGGAAAUCGACGGGAAUCCUGGAGAAGAGGGAGAAGCUGGAGAGCUCACCGACAACGGUAAUUUGCACAUGAAAAUCAUUUUCGCGCCUCUCGAACAUUUCGAUAAAGAAACCAUUGCUGCUAAACGAGCACAGCUGACAGCGCUUGGAAAUCGACGUAUUUGGGCAAGCCUAGGACUCGAGGACAAGCCUCAGCGAACACGGCCUUGUGGACUUAUCGUAUCCAAGUCUGGUGAAGUGGUGUAUGUUCGACCGCUUGAAAAAUGA